AUGCCUUGAAGGAUUGUUUAGCCUAGUAAGAGAGAUUCGUGCCUCUUUCAAAUCCAUUGAUGAAGCUCUGCUAAAACAAGCUCUGUACUCUUUGCCGUUUCCUUCGCUUCUAACUCCAACUUUUCCAAAGCUGCCUCUUCUUCUUCAGAUAUUGCAUAGUGGUUCUACAUUGGGAAAUAUAUCCAUGGGGAAUUAAAGUAUGUGUUAAAAGAAGUGAAGGAUUCAAGGGACCUAGCCGAUUUUAAUUGAUUCUGGAAAUCAGAAGUGUAUAAAGAAGCGAAUCGUGAAGAUCCUAAAGCUGUUCUUGACAGUUGUUGCUGGUCUCGUCGGGAUCUUGCGUCAAUUAGGCGAUCUCGCUGAAUUAUGAGUAUGAAUCGAGAAUGGAUGUAUGUUGGAUAUCAAGGAGGAUAUUUGCAUCCACGGUUUAUAGUAGGGGUGGAGAAAUUUGUGGAAUUUUCAAAACAACAUCCUGAUUGCAUGAAUGGGGAGAAAAUAAGAUGUCCAUGUGAUAAAAAAUAUUUAGAAACAAGGGUUAUCUUGAGGAGGAUACAGUGAAGUAUCAUCUUGGAAAGUACGGAUUCAUGAAAAACUACUAUUGCUGGUAUUGUCAUAGAGAGACAUUUGCACCCACUCAAACUGAAACAAAUAAUCAUGGUGAUUUCUUCAAAUCAAUGAUGCAAGAUGUUAUUGGUCCUUCUGAAGUUCCCCAUUCAACAGAAGAGAGUCCAAAUUUAGAAGCCCAGCGUUUGUAUGACAUGCUUCGGGCAUCUGAACAAGAGUUGUUGAUUCAAUCUGAAUUUUACUGCAUAUUUGCAAAUCAUUUUCAUAUUAUAUUAAUAUUACAAUAACCCAAACAUCCAAGUAUAGACAUAUAGAAAUUAUUAUUAUUACAAGUCAUCAUAUAUUUAUAUGUGAAAUUCAUCUUAUUUUUAGUACUCAGGAGAAUAGCAUAUUUGUUCAGGGACUGAAUGUAACAAUUAUCCUAAACUUAACGGGCCAAAGUAUGAAUAAACGUUGUGGGCCAAAAAAGGCCUUGUGAUAAGGUCUGUUUUGAGCAGCGAUACGGGCUUGGGACAAAUUUAAAUGUUUCGAUUGUAACGUCGUCGUUUCACAAACCUACAAAACGAUUAAACCCUCAAAAUUUGGGGUUUAUGGCUUAUUGAUUUGAAAGCGCAAAUAUGUCCAUUUACUUGCUGUUGCAGAACCCUAGCUUAAUUUUCCAGUAACGGAGUGUAAUAACUCUCUGUUGAUUAUUUCUGCUGUACUAAUAUUUGUUCUUUUCUAACUAAUUUAUAAAGGCCAAAUCAUGUCCCAAAUUAUUGAAUCUAAUUCAAUUCAAAACCCUAGAGUGACAUGGGAAGGUUGCAACGUCUUGCUCGACAUCAACGACGGCGACCGUCUAGUUUUUGCCCGUCUCACUCCAGGCUCGACUUUGAAAAUUGGCAAUAAAAACUACUCUUUGCGGCCGUUGAUAGGCUGUCCGUUUGGUUCUUUGUUUCAAAUUGAUAACGGAAAUGAAGGUCCUUAUUUAUCUCGGUUUGUUCCCGCUGCAGAAGGUAAUAAUAUUGAAGAAAAUGACAACUGUGAAAUAAGUGAGGAAUUGAGAGACAAUCGAGCUUUAAUUGAUAAUAAUAAAGCUCAAAGUCUAACCGGUGAAGUCAUAGAUGAAAUGCGGAGACAUGGCGCAAAAGGUGAUGAAAUAAUUGAAGCUCUCAUUGCUAAUAGCUCAACAUUUGAGAAGAAAACAUUGUUUUCACAAGAGAAAUAUAGGGUUAAAAAACAAAAAAAGUAUGCACCUAGAGUACUUCUACGGCGACCAUUUACUCGAAGCAUAUGUGAAGCUUACUUCAAAAAAUAUCCUACAAGAAUUGGAUUCAUGCGAGUAGACACGUUGUCUCUAUUACUGUCGAUGGCAAAUGUUACUGCAAACUCCGAUAUUCUUGUAGCUGAUAUGGUUGGUGGCCUGCUUACUGGUGCUGUAGCUGAGCGUUUAGGAGGUACUGGCUAUGUAUGCAAUGCAUUUAUUGGAGCUACCCCAUAUUCCACCGAGAUAGUGAGAAUGUUCAACUUCAAUAGUGACACUUGUAGAAGGAUUGUGUGCGCCUCUUUGAAUGACCUCGGUGAAACUUCUAAACAAAUUGGUGUGCAUGAAGAUACCCCAAGUGUGGGGUCAAAUGAUCAAACUUCAUCAAUCAGUAUUGUAGAAAUUCCAGAGCCAUACGAGAAUCAGGUUGCAGCUGUAGAUCACAAUGGUACUGUUUCUCCCAUGAACAAAAUUAACAAAGCCUCCAAACCUGGAGAGAGGGCAUCAGAAGAAACAUUGAAAUUGUGGAAGGAAAAUGGAUUUUCAAGCCUAAUUAUCGCAGCUCCAGAUCUGGACCCAUGGAGAUUGGUCAAAGAUAUGCUGCCUCUUCUAUCAUAUUCAGCCCCAUUUGCUAUAUACCACCAGUAUCUUCAGCCUCUUGCAACUUGCAUGCACAAUCUACAGCUUGAGAAAAUGGCAAUUGGCUUACAAAUUUCAGAACCAUGGUUACGUGAAUAUCAGGUUCUACCUUCGAGAUCUCAUCCAUGCAUGCAGAUGAGUUCAUUUGGAGGUUACAUUUUGAGUGGGACAAGAAUAUUUAGCAGCUAGUUGCAGCUUUAUGAAAUAAGAAUCCGUUGAUUCUGCAAAGAAAAGCAAUGGGACACCUUGUGUACACUAGGCAGUUCAUCAUGCAACAAUUUUGUGUUUGGGUUGAUAGAUAGAAUGUUGUUUUGCAAAAAUAUUUAUAUUGUUUUCCUUAUUUUCUACAAUUUUAAAAAAUUAUAUUGAUUUAAAAUUUAUAAAAUCAACAAGAGCUUAAAACAUAA